GGGCAGUACUCUCCCUCACUAACGGUCUACACGCGGUACAGAGCGAGUCUGCCGCGGUUUACUGCAGAACAGAGCGGAACUUGUGGCUGGGAGUGUUUUCUGAAUAAUGUGACAGAUAUGGCUGCCAGUCCAAUGCUCAAAGAACAGAUCAAAGCAGCCAAGGAGUUGCUAGAACGGGUGGACCUGCUGUGCAACCGUCAGGCCCGGGAGGUGGAAGGACGAGCCAAAUUGUGCAGCAAACUUCGUGCUGAGCUUAAGUUCUUAGAGAAAGUAGAAGCCGGGAAAGUCGUAAUUAAAGAGUCUCACCUGCAGAGCACCAACCUCACACACUUGAGAGCUAUCGUUGAAUCAGCUGAGAGCAUAGAGAAUGUUGUCAGUGUUUUGCAUGUGUUCGCUUACGAGGGUCCUGAUGGGCAGAAGCAGACAUUAGUGGUGGAUGUGGUGGCCAAUGGUGGACACACUUGGGUUAAGUCCAUUGGACGCAAGGCGGAGGCCUUGCACAACAUCUGGCAGGGCCGUGGUCAGUAUGGGGAUAAAAGCGUGAUCAAUCAGGCUGAAGACUUUCUGGAGGCCAGCCGACAACAGCCUGUUCAAUACUGCAACCCCCAUAUCAUCUUUGCCUUCUACAAUGGUGUGUCUAGCCCCAUGGCUGACAGGCUCAGGGAGAUGGGCAUCUCUGUGAGAGGUGACAUUGUUGCUGUGAACACUGUGGUUGGAGUGGGAGAGGAUGAUGAACAAGAAGAGGAUGAUGAGGAAGAAGGUGAGGAUGAUUGUUCAGGGGAAGAGGAGCAGGAGGCAGUGAAUGAGGCUGUAGAAGAAGACGAGGGCAGUGAUGACGAAGAUGCAGACUUCAUGCAAACCCGUGUGGACAGAGAUACUAUCGUGGCCAGCUUGUCGUUCCCCACCGAAGUAAAGGUGGACGUCUGCAACCGAGCCAACCUAGACAUCACCACACUAAUCACUUACGUGUCCUCUCUAAGCCAUGGGAACUGCCACUACACCUUUAGGGAGAAGGUGCUGACGGAGCAGGCUGCACAGGAAAGGCAGGAGAAGGUCCUGCCCAAGCUUGAAGAGUUUAUGAAAGGCAAGGAGCUGUUUGCCUGUCAUUCUGCAGUUCAUGACUUUCAAGUUAUCCUGGACACGCUAGGUGGGCCUGGAGAAAAAGCGCGUGCAGAGGAGCUUCUAGCCAGGCUGACCAUAGUGCCUGACCAGCCCUCAGAACGCACAGGAAAACUGGUCACCAGCUCCAAGGUGAACCGCAGGUCACUUAUGAUCUUCGGGACAGGGGACUCACUGCGAGCCGUCACUAUGACUGCCAACAGUGGUUUUGUGCGUGCAGCUGCUAACCAGGGGGUGCGCUACAGUGUAUUUAUCCAUCAACCCCGAGCUCUGACGGAGGGAAAGGAAUGGAGAGCAACGCCAAUAUGAGUGUAAGGAAUGACUGAAAGGCAUUGGAACAGUAGUGCUUCCCAAUUCUGGUCUUGGUGAACUCCUAGGGCAUGGAAUCUGGGUUGUAGUACUGAGAACUUCAGGAUAACAAAGUUUAAGAUUAGACAGUAGGAACAUCCCAGGUUUCCCUUUUUUCAAAGUGAGCUAAAGGAAAUACUCCUGUGUUUUUUGGUUGGACUCCAGGACCAGGGUUUGGAACCACUGGAAUAAUUGUGUGCAACAGCACUUUAACAGAUGCAAAGCCCUAUUAUAUUCUAAGCUGUAAAAAAAAAAAAAAAAACACUUGCAAGAGGCACUACCAUAUACAGGUGUACACAAGUUGCACAGUCAGCUGCUAAUAUAGGCAGCAUGAGCUAUAAUCUGUAUAAUCUGUUUCUUUAAGAUCAGUGCCUCAACUUUAGCCAGCACAGAUGCAGAAUAUACCAAAUACGAUAUGUAUGUUGAAAUAUAAAUAAAUGUAUGCUGUUAACAGGCCUGUGGGUACCUGUCUUCAGCAAAACCUCAUUAGAUUUUUCUUUUAAUGUUAACAACAUGUUUGCCUGAAUGCAGAAGAUGUACUAUGUUUCUGUGUGUACUGCUGGACCAUUUUCUUUUGUGAAAGAAAAAAACAACUUUUAUUAAAAAAUCAAAAAUAAACAUCUUAUAAAAUG